CUCGCCUCCCCCUAGUCCUACUUGCUACCACGCAUGCGCAGGGCAGUGUGCUGUCAUGGCCCCGUUCAUGGAGGUAUUAUUUUGGGUGAGAUAUUCAAAUGCACCCUUCACUGGCACACCGUUACUGAUGGACCUCAGCUGCUGAAUUCAGGAUGAAUGACAUGAACCUGAGUCCGGUGGGCAUGGACCAGCUCAGUGUGCCCUCUGUGAGUGCCAGCCACUUGGGUCUGCCCACUUCCCCCACUCACAAUCCCAUUCCCACGCCAGGCAUGCCGGUAGCCAUCCCCAGCCUGGGUCCCUCCCUGGGCUCCCUCCCCUCGGCCCUGUCCCUCAUGCUGCCCAUGGGUCCACUGGGGGACAGGGGGGUGAUGUGUGGCCUGCCUGAGAGGAACUACUCCCUGCCACCUCCUCCAUACCCCCAUCUGGAGAGCAGCUACUUCCGACACAUACUGCCAGGUAUCCUGUCCUAUCUGGCAGACCGUCCACCACCUCAGUACAUUCACCCCAGCAGUCUCAACAUGGAUGGGACCCUGUCUGUGGCCAGCAACAACUCCUCAGGGCUGGACCCCUACAGUGGCCCCGGAGGCCCACUGGAGCAGGGCUUGGUGCCCCUGGACUCCAGACAGGUCAGCGGCCAGGGAGAUCUGCACCAGGCUGGUGCUCACGAGCUGGACUCCACCGGUCUGGCCAUGGAGUCCCGCGUCAGCAGCCCCAUGUCCCCUGACAGGAUGGGGGAGGAGCUGGCCACCAUGGAAGGGGUGGGGGUGGUGACGGUGUCUGACUCCCAGCAGCAGCUUGGAGGAGGAAGGCAGCCCCAACCGCACGAGGGACUUGCCGGGGUGGACUCAUCUGGUGGGGUGAUGCCCCUGCACGGGCCUGGACCUGUCCUGGAGCUGCCGGUGGUGAUGGAGCCAGAGCACAUGGGGGGUCGGGUGGGUAACACUGGGGGAGGAGGAGCAGGCGGCUUGGGGGAACAACUCCACUCAACUGGGGAGCUGAACUCCGGUGUCGUCAGUGUGGUGCUCACAGGCUCCAUGGCUGCCCAGGCCCAACUGGAGCCGGUGUCCCUCCACGGGCACUCUGGGAUGGGGCUGGAGGCGGUGACCGUGUCACCCAUCACAGCAGAGGUGCCCCUGGUGCCCGAAAACAACCUGGUGCUGGUCAACUCCACCCUGCAGCUAGAGGACUCUACCUCCAACAAGGAGAACAUGGUCACUGCCUACACCAUCUGGUGUACACUGUGUGAGCGCUUAUAUACCUCAGACUGCCCGGAGCACGGCCCGGUCACUUUCAUCCCUGACACACCCAUCCAAAGCCGGGCUCGUCUCUCUCUGCCACGUCCGCUCUGCCUCCGCAUCUCAGUGACCGACGAACCACUUGGAGUAUUUGCACGGGACGUCAUUCCUCCAAGGACCUGCUUUGGACCAAUGGUUGGGCAGCAUUGUACCAAUGUGGAUCUGUCUGAUUGGCCAGAAAAAGACACACCUCAAAUAUGGAAGAUGUACCACAACAAUGUGCUGGAGUUUUGCAUUGUGACAACAGUUGAGAAUGAAUGCAACUGGAUGAUGUUUGUCCGCAAGGCAAGGACCCGUGAGGAGCAGAAUCUGGUGGCCUACCCUGCCAACGGUAAAUUGUUCUUCUGCACGACCACAGAGAUCCACCCGGACCAGGAGCUGCUCUUCUAUUACAGCAGAGACUACAGCAGGCUGAUGGGUGUUCCUCAGGUGCCUGAGGGUCAGAUCUGCCAGUGUGGUAAGGAGUGCUCCUCCUUUGCAGAGCUCAAGUCUCAUCUUAGCAGCCAUAACAGCAACCACAGCCAUAACCCACCUCCACACAGCCACAGCCCCUCGCAGCAAGACCUCUCCCAGCAGCAACCACAGCAACAACAACAGCAGCAGCAGCAGCAACAACAGCAGCAGCAGCAACAAGAGCAACAGCCACAGCCACAGCAACACCCUCUCCAGGAAGAGAAACUGACCAAUGGGACUUCUAGCUCCUCCUCUUCGCCGUGGCCCUGCCACACGCCCAACACAGGCCACACGAACAAUGACAACAGCAGCGGCAGCAGUAACACAAACUCUAGUAACACUACCUCCAGAGCCAGUGCAAGCGGUCAGGGCCACGUGCGGGAGAAGAAGUUCAAGUGCAGCAUGUGCACCCGGGCGUUCAUCACGUCCACCAAGCUCAACGUGCACUUCAUGGGCCACGUGGGGAUGAAGCCGCACAAGUGUGAAUACUGCAGCAAGGCCUUCAGCGAUCCCAGCAACCUCAGAAUGCACCUCAAGAUCCACACAGGUCAGAAGAACUACAGAUGCACAGUUUGCGAGAAGUCGUUCACCCAGAAAUCCCACGUGGCCUCACACAUGGUCAUCCACACUGUCGCGGAGAAACUCAAGUGUGACCUGUGCGACCGGGCGUUCAUCAGGAAACAUGACCUGAAACAGCACAUGUUCUCUCACACACACGAGCGGCGGAUUCAGUGCCCCAAGUGUGACAAACAUUUCCUGAAGACCAACCACCUGAAGAAGCAUAUGAACUCGCACGAGGGCCGCAGGGACUUUGUCUGCGAGAAAUGCCACAAGGCUUUCCUCACAAAGUACCACCUCACCCGCCACCUCAAGAUAUGCAAAGGGCCCAAGACGGAACGAGUGUCCCGGAAAGAGCAAGACGGGGAGGAAGACGACGAAGACGAGGAGGAGGACGACGACGAUGACGGCAGGGGGGAGGGAGGGGUGGAGAGACUCGUUGAUUCAGCCGGUAACGAGGACUGUGGUUUAGAUGUCGCCGGAUACAGCUCUGAAAAAUCCCUGUCACCCAACCAUUGAUGACACUGUGCCUCUUGUUGUUUAUUUAUUGACUUUUGUACAGAACUGGUGUUUACUUCUCCUGUUUUUUGUGCUUUUUUUUUCUGCCAAAUUCCAGUUACUUUGUCAAAUUGUAAUCUGAACAAAUGACAUGAUCAUCAUAAUUUUCCAAUCAUGCUUGGUUUUUCAAAUGCAUAUGCUGCUAAUAAUCCUUGCAUCAUAGGCCAAUCAAUAAAGAAGUUUCUUUUACUGUUUUUUUUUUUUUUUUUUUUUUAAACUCAGGCUUAUAUCAUAUUAUCGGUCGUUGAGGUCAUUAUAAGCUAUCUUCCAUGAAUUAAUGACAUAAUUUGACCCAGUGCACAUGCUGUAUUCUUCCAUUCUGAUCUGGAUCAAAUAAGCGAUUAUUUGAUCACACAUAAUCGCUAAGUGGUAUGGCCUUUAUUUAUAUGAGUAAUUAUUCUGUGUGUGAGUGGAUCUGUGAGCCUCUUGACAGCAGGAAUUUGGGCAUUACUGUGGAAUUCCUCAUGGCGUGACUGUCUGCAACUUGAAUGUUAAAAUAUGUCUGUCUUAUUUUGUGCAUAACGUUUUAAUAAAUAAGCAUUUUCAUCCGG